AUGGCUACAAGAUCAACACCAAAAGAUGAAGCUAUUAUCGAAUCUCAUAUGCAUCCAACAACGGCUGAUACUACACCAGCAGAAAAUAGUGUUGAUUUAUGUAGUCAGAUUUUAAUUGGUCUUUCUUAUCUUCUAAUGAUUAUUACAAUGCCAUUAUCAUUAUGUUUUUGUAUUAAGAUUGUUCAAGAGUAUGAACGAGCUGUUAUACUACGUCUUGGUCGUAUAUUACCAGGUGGUGGUAAAGGACCUGGUCUAUUUUGUGUUUUACCUUGUGUAGAUACAAUAAUUACAAUUGAUUUACGAACGGCAACAUUUAAUGUUCCACCACAAGAAGUUUUAACACGUGAUUCAGUAACUGUAUCAGUUGAUGCUGUUGUUUAUAGUCGAGUUUUUAAUCCAGUAAUUAGUGUAACAAAUGUAAAAAAUACUCAAUAUGCAACACAAUUACUUGCACAAACAACAUUACGAAAUAUACUUGGUACGAAAACUCUUCAGGAAAUACUUAGUGAUCGUGAAGCUAUUGCACAAAAUAUGCAAAUUCAACUUGACGAAGGAACUGGUCCAUGGGGUGUUAAAGUUGAACGUGUUGAAAUUACAGAUGUUCGUUUACCUCAAUCAAUGCAACGAUCCAUGGCUGCUGAAGCUGAAGCAACUCGUGAAGCUCGUGCAAAAGUAAUUGCUGCUGAAGGUGAACAACGAGCAUCAAGACAAUUAAAAGAAGCUGCUGAUGUUAUUGCUGCAUCACCAAUUGCUCUUCAAUUACGAUAUUUACAAACACUAACACAAAUUUCUGCAGAAAAAAAUUCAACUAUUGUUUUUCCAGUUCCUGUUGAAUUACUCAAUUUGUACGAUAUGGCAACAACAGAAUCUUUGAAUGAGAAAAGUUAUUCGUUAAAUAAUAGAAAUGAAAGAGCAACAAUGUCAGAUGGUUUUGAUCUAUGUGCUUGGAUAUUAAUUAUUUUUUCUUAUAUUCUAGUCAUAAUUACAUUUCCAAUAACGACUUUUUAUUGUAUUAAAGUUGUUCAAGAAUAUGAACGUGCUGUUAUUUUUCGUCUCGGACGAAUUUUACAAGGUAGAAUAAAAGAAUAUGUUAUAUUCAGUGGUGGUGCAAAAGGACCUGGACUUUUUUUUAUUUUACCUUGUCUAGAUAAUAUUGUUAAAGUUGAUUUGCGAACAACUACAUUUAAUGUACCACCACAAGAAAUUUUAACACGUGAUUCAGUUACAGUCUCUGUUGAUGCUGUUGUUUACAGUCGUGUGACAGAUCCGACUGCUAGUGUAACGAAAGUACACAAUGUUCAUUCAGCAACACAAUUACUUGCACAGACAACAUUACGAAAUAUACUUGGUACGAAAACUCUUCAAGAAAUUCUUAGUGAUCGUGAAGCUAUUGCACAAAAUAUGCAAAUUCAACUUGAUGAAGGAACUGGUCCAUGGGGUGUUAAAGUUGAACGUGUUGAAAUUACAGAUGUUCGUUUACCUCAAUCAAUGCAACGAUCAAUGGCUGCUGAAGCUGAAGCAACUCGUGAAGCUCGUGCAAAAGUAAUUGCUGCUGAAGGUGAACAACGAGCAUCAAGACAAUUAAAAGAAGCUGCUGAUGUUAUUGCUGCAUCACCUAUUGCUCUUCAAUUACGAUAUUUACAAACACUAACACAAAUUUCUGCAGAAAAAAAUUCAACUAUUGUUUUUCCCAUUCCCAUUGAAUUACUCAAUUUCGUCAAACCAAAUCGUUAA